AUGACAGAAGGUGGUGGGCAGGAACAGUCAAGAUGGAUAACAACAGUAAUUAUGAGUACAGCUCUGCAGAAUCAUGAAAUUUCUACAGUUCUACAGAGGCAACAACACCGAGUUCGAUAUUCAGAAUCGGUGGAAAUUGGAUCCGUGAUUUUUUCUCUUUCUGGUGUUGCAUUUAUACUGGCAGACACUCAAGACUUGCUUAUGACAGGGGAGGAAGAGUUUUUCAAAAGAAUUCAAAACUUCAUAAACAUUCAUCGAAACAGUUUUUUGGUUUUGUCAGCUGCUCUUCAUGGACCAGAAGAAUGGAAUGUCAUGUUUAGGAUUCAGAAAAGAUUCCUGGGCAGCAAUUUACGUGUAAUACCAGUUCAUAAUACUGCUGAAACUGUUAAGUUAAUGCUAACUAUAGCUAAGAUAACUUCCAAGCCACGAGCAGAUGAUAUUCGUCACAAAAUGGCAACAACAAAAGCCCAAAUAAUAGAAAACAGUCCAGUUUGGAGGAUGCUUCAGGAGUACCAGUUGCACUGUAAUUAA